UAGCUUGGAUCAUCCUCCUCUGUGCCUUUUACGUCUAUAUUCUCGCAGCUGUUUAUGACCGUUGUAGUCCCCCUUAUUAUUGGACAGAUUGUCCGAAGAUACAUCAAGGACUGGCUUGAAAGGAAGAAGCCUCCGUUUGGCGCUAUCAGCAGCUGCGUGCUCCUGAUGAUCAUCUACACAACAUUCUGUGAUACUUUCGCCAAUCCAAAUAUUGACCUGGAUAAAUUUAGCUUGAUUAUAGUAGUAUUCAUAAUAUUUUCUGUUCAGAUGAGCUUCAUGUUUUUGACUUUCCUCUUUUCUACAAGGCAUAACUCUACUUUCACACCAGCAGACACAGUGGCUAUCGUUUUCUGUUCUACACACAAAUCCCUCACCCUGGGGAUUCCAAUGCUGAAGAUAGUAUUUGCGGGUUAUGAGCACCUGUCCUUAAUUUCUGUCCCCUUACUCAUCUAUCAUCCUGCUCAGAUUCUACUUGGCAGUCUGUUGGUACCAACAAUAAAAUCUUGGAUGGUUUCUAGGCAAAAGGCGCUGAAGUUAACCAGGCAGCCCAAAGCACCCGUGAAGGUAUAAUGAUGGAGAUGGCCUGUGUCACAGUGAAUGUAUAUAUGUACUAUACUGUACACACAGACAAUUGAGACAACUGGGUAUUUGUGAAUGUUGCUUCGGUGCAUAUUUUAUUUUUAUACAUACAUAUAUAUAUUAAAAAGAUACCUGUUAAGUGCCUUACAGAUGCAUUUUUGGUAAAAGCAUUGUUUCCAGAAGCCACUUUGUUGGUUACUGCAAGAGAUUGUACAGUAUUUUGGAGUCCUUUAGUUUUUAUUUUUCUAACAGAUUGAAUGGUCAUGAAUAACAGCUGUUUCUUCCAUUGCCCCUGCUUUGGAGCCAGGGCACAGCAGCUGUAAGUCUCUGUUUUAAACUAGCCAAAAUAACCAGAAGCCUGUCCCACUGCUGGCUUACCCUGGGGAAGAGCUUUCUGAAGGUUUUUUCAAGAUUGACUUGAAUUUCUGUGUGACUCUGUUACACUCCCUAGUCAUAUGACUGUGACAUGCCUUUUUCUUCUGAGUUUGUGUAUACUCAGCAUGGGGCCAUCCAUUGGAUAGAAGCUGAGAAGCAUGAAUUAUUUGCAUUUGUUGACACAGUUGUCUAGACAUUCCUUCAAAGUAAAUGGUUUCUCAAGAAAAUUCUUUCAAUUCCAUUGCAUGAUAUUGUGCCAUUGUAUAUCUUAAAUGCCUCAUAAGCUUCUUCAAAGAAAUGGUCUGGUGCUUGGGUUAUGAGUGAAGUAUUUGUGUUUGCAGCUAGGAGAUCUUUUAUAAUUUACCCCUGAAGAACACAAAUUUUUGGUUUCCUUUUUUUCUUUUCCUUCCCCUGGUGCAAUGCACAGAGAUCUGCAGUGACAGAAUUUAGGAUGCUAAUAUUGAAACAGCCUUUAUUGUAGUAAGCCAGGCUGUGUUUUCUGUAUUGCUGCAUUGGUAUGAAUAAUAGCUUGUGAGGACAAGAAAGUUAAUUUUUUUUUUUUUUUUCAAUUAUAGGGAUCCUUAUAGUAACAGAAAUGGUAUCUUGGGUAAUUUGACAAUCAGUCACAACUUUUUUAAUAAUAAAAUGUUACUCUUUUUAAUAAACUUAUAUAAAAUAAAAAAGAAUACAAAAUACUAUUUCUAAGAGGAGUGUGGAAGAGGAAGGAACACAGGCAUAUAUUCAAGCAUAUAGCCAGCACUGCAUCUUCUCUG